AUGGCCUUCGCGCGGCUCAAGAAUAUCGCAUUGGGAGGCCUUCUCCUGCAACACCUCCCGGUAAUCGUGGGGCAAGGACCGCCCGGCGAAGAAACGUCCUCGGUCAGCAGCGGUCUUCCUCCACUGGACAUGUCGUCGCCUACCAGCGGCGACGUCCUCUUCCACAGGAGUCCUCUUCGGAAGGGGGACAAGAAGGUGAUGUGUCAUCUACCAGCGGCUUCACACUGCCUCGGCAAGAAGAAUCCUCUUCGGGCGGGGGAGAGGGUAUUACGUCGUCAACCAGCGGCGACACCGGAUCCGGCUCUCCUGCACAGGACGAGUCUUAUUCGGACGGGGGAGAAGGUGGUACGUCGUCUGCCAGCGGAGACGCUGACUCCGGUCCUCCUGCACAGGACGAGUCUUCUUGGGACGGGGGAGAAGGUGGUUUUCACCAACACCUCGUGCGCCAACCGCGUGAACUACGGCGUCGACAAGGGCCUGGACCUCCACGUCCCGGUACGGAUCUACGCAGUCAACCAGAGCACACCAGCCUACCCCCAGCUUUUCGCGGACGGCUACUCGACCGAUCUGAGCGAGACCAUCGGACUGAUCGGCAUCCUAGUCGACGGUGUUCCCAUGUGCAGCGCAUUCGCGGGCACUCCGGUCACGGACUGGGAUUCCACGGCAAUGGCCGCUGAGUACAACACCUUCGAUGCCUGCGCUUCGCAUUCGACUACGGAAGGCCACUACCACACACACGGAACUCCGGGCUGUUUCAUGGAGCAGGGUAGGGACGUGUAGGAAAACGUGUUGUAAAACGUAUUGUGAAUUCAUCGGGGGCGUGCUUCAGCUCGUCAAUCGGUCACNAUUAAUAUUACCCUCACCGUUACCACCAUCUCCAAAACAAGAAAAACUCCUCCAAGACAAUCAAGAAAAAUUCCAACACAACCAAUACUACUCCAACAUAAUCAAGAAAAAUCCCAACAUAAUCAAUACUCCUCCAAAAUAAUCAAGAAAAAAAUACCAACACAACCAAAACUCCUACGAUCUUCAUCGGACUCUCUCUUUCUCUUGUCCAAUCUCGUCUUUCUCUUUCUCUCUCUACUACAGAAUACGAAUCGACCCCAA